AAGAUCCCAGACUGGCUAGUACCGAUUCUUCCACCACACCACAAAAGUGGACAAAAUAUGGAGCGGCGUCAUAAUCAAGGUCUCAAACAGUGACGAGCAAACUGCUUCAGGUGUUUUUCAUCUCUGAUCCUAGCGUCUCCGACUUCAAUCUCAUUCGCAGAGGGGGCUUUGGUUCACUGUUGAACAAGAUGUGGAAAAAACAGCAGUUUUUUUGCCCAGGAAAUGCCUAAAUUGCCUCGGAAAAUUUGGCAUAUAUCCUGUUUGUGGAUCAUAUAAGUGAAACUCAUUUGCAGAACGGUAAUUGUUCAAGAUUUUGAUCCGUGCAAUGGGUGCACCUAAACAGAAGUGGACAGCAGAAGAAGAAGCUGCUCUUAAAGCUGGUAUUCGCAGAUAUGGGAUAGGAAAGUGGAGUACCAUACUUAAAGAUCCGGAAUUCAGCACAGUUUUGCGAGCACGUUCCAAUGUGGACCUCAAGGACAAGUAUAGAAAUUUGAAUUGCAUGGUCUUGGGAUCUCGACAAAAGUCUAGGUUUACCAAUAAAAGCAAUCAGCUUACCAUCAAGCAAGAUGAAAACACUGCAGGUCGUAGCACGAUUGUUGAGAAGGAAUCUGAAGUUCUUGAAGGAACUUCUCGAGCAGCAUCUGGCGAAAUAUCUCAGGUUGCAGAUUCCAAGAAACCCAUCUCAAGGUUGGAGGAUGUUAUCCUGGAGGCUAUAACAAAGUUGAAGGAACCUCGUGGGUCUAGUCGGCCUGCAAUUUCACAGUACAUAGUGGACCACUAUUCGGCACCCCAAGAUAUUGAGAGGACCGUGGCUGCAAAUUUGAAGACUUUGACAGAAAAUGGACGAGUAAUUAAGGUGAAGAAUCAAUACAGGAUUGCCCCAAAGUCUGUAACUUUUUCCCUCGGAAAACAAUCGCAGCCACUAGAAGAUGGAAUUGCAAGGGAUUCCCCAAAAGCAGCCAACAAUGACAUUGCAAUGCUUACAAAAGCCAUGAUCGAUGCUGAGCUGGAGAAAAUGAAGAGCAUGAGUGCUGAGGAAGCUGCCGAGGCUGCCGCCAAAGCAGUCGCCGAAGCUGAAGCCGCAAUAGCGGAGGCUGAGGUGGCAGCAAGGGAAGCAGAGGAGGCUGAAGCUGAGGCCGAAGCUGCUCAGUGCUUUGCAGAUGCUGCCCAGAAGGCUUUGAAUUUCCAAACCCUCCGUGUUUGGUGAUGAUGAUGCCUGAAAAUAGCUGGUGGGUGUGUAACUUCUGGUUGCGCUUUGUAAUGUGGUGGAGCGUUUUUUGAAUGGUGUAGUACGGGUUUCCUAUUUUGCAUACGUGAAAAUAUGAUGUAAGUAAGUUACAGGCUUAAGUGCCAAAGUCAGAAUCUUUUAUCAUCUGGAUGAUUUACCGUUGGAAGGAAGUUGAUCUCUCAGAAUUGAGUAUACAAACUUUGUUCUUUU